UCUCGCGUCUCCCUCGCACGAUAGCUGGCGGGGAAGAAGAAGAAGAAGGCGUUCUCUCGACCCCGAGAGAAAAUCGAAAUCGCGUGCCCGUGCGCUCCGGAACGGAGAAAUCAAUUUCGAGCGCGUUGAACCCCGGCUUUUCGCAUCGGCAAGACAACGAUGCGAUGACGUUCGACGGAAUGAUCUUUUUUUUCCCCGUCUCCGCGAUGCCCCGCUCGGAUCGUCGUGUACGCGGGCGGUCUCGCACGUUUAUUCGCGCGUCGCAAACGACGCGAUUCUCCGGGCCAGUUCUCUCGUCGCGUCGCACUCCGUGACGCUGUUAAAAAUACAACGCGCAGAUAUCGAGUAACGAGAUAUUUAUCCGGCGGCGAUCAAAGUCAUGUCAUCAGGAGCAGGAUCUAGUGGGACUGGACGAGGACGUGGUUCUUCUUUGGCAGACAAUAAACCAGACAGUAAGGAAGCUAAGCCAAAUCCAAAGAUGUCGAAAGCUUUAGGAACUUCUGCUAAAAGGAUACAAAAGGAAUUGGCAGAAAUCACAUUAGAUCCUCCUCCAAAUUGCAGUGCAGGCCCAAAAGGUGAUAACCUAUACGAAUGGGUUUCUACCAUACUGGGUCCUCCAGGUUCAGUUUAUGAGGGUGGCGUGUUCUUUCUUGAUAUACAUUUCUCGCCAGAAUAUCCCUUUAAACCUCCUAAGGUUACAUUCCGAACGCGCAUCUACCAUUGCAAUAUAAAUAGUCAAGGAGUCAUUUGCUUGGAUAUAUUAAAGGAUAAUUGGUCUCCUGCAUUGACGAUUUCAAAGGUUUUAUUAUCUAUAUGUUCCCUCUUGACAGACUGCAAUCCAGCUGACCCAUUAGUAGGUAGUAUAGCCACGCAAUACCUACAAAAUAGGGAAGAACACGAUCGCAUAGCACGGCUUUGGACCAAACGCUAUGCCACAUGAGCAUGCUCUGAAUUCAUAUUAAACUCCUAUUAGUCUCAUGCCAACUUAUGAUCGCUGCUGCUCUCAUACAACUUGUCUCAUACGUAGCCUGUAUGCAUCUUUGUCUAUGAUCAUGUCGGUCGGAUAACGCGAGUGGGCAAAAGACCAUUUUUGAGAUCAGCUCAAACAUGAUUGUGAUGUGCUUUUAUGUUUAGUAUGUAAUGUGCCUAAGACGAAUGAAUGAAUGUGCGUGCGAGUGUAUGUACGAACAAUGCGUGCGUGCGUACGUAUUAGGGCAUAACGAGACAGGAGUUUUUUUCACUUAAAGGUUACAAUGAGAUAGUAUUUAAAUGGAUUGCAUUGUGUAUCAAAACAAUGCAACUCUACCAAUGCUGCUAAUGUUUCUAGAAUAGGAGAUAACAUGAACAAUAUUGAUAAUCUAAAUGAUAAAGUGUAAGUAAACUGAUAGGCAUAUAAGCGAUAAGGUAAAAAGUAUAGAGGCCCUUUUCUAUUAUUAAACAGCCCGAUAUUUUUAUAUUAAAUUGUUUUACUUUUAAAUUAUUAUGUUCAUAUGCAUCUCACCUGAUUUGAGAGAGAGAGAGAGAGAGAAGAGUGAUUUAAUUGCUGCAAAACUACUGCAUAUAUGAUUUUUUGUGUUCACGAUUCAGUGAUUCUGAUGUUCUGCAUGAAGCAGACGGAACACUUGCGUUAUCAGGUAAUAAUCCCACUGUCUGGGCCCAUUCACAAAAAAAACUAUUGUAAUUGUAAAUAAAUAUUAUUUUUUCUUGUACACUCUUACACCGAUACGUUUCAAGAAACUUGGAAUUUUCACCUGAAUUUACGUUCGAAAUUUUACAUAUAUAUAUGUAUGUGUAAAUUGAAGCUUCGCUAGCGAUUGCACCAAUAAUCAUGUAACUCGCUAAUUAAUGGUUAGCGAUUUCUUAUCCCUUUCUUAUAGAUAUCGUAGUUUAGUUGUAAUGUAGAUAGAAAGAGAGCGCGCGCGAGAAAGAGAGAGAAAAUCUAACGACUGGCGCUAACCGACGUUGGUGCAAUCUACAUGUUCUUAGACUUUUCGUAUAUUAUUUAAUUGUAUUUUAGAGAUAUUUACAUAUCAAUUUUGUUGCAUACCAUAUAUAAAAAAAGGUCGAAGCGUACUGAAUAAUUUCGUCUCUAAUCUGUAUCAGACAUAUAGACCGAGCGUCUCCUGGAUGAUUUCUCACAGUUUUUUAUAUCGUGUGGACAGCUGGACAAAAACAAGGUGAUUGAAGUCACUUUGUACAUAUCUGUUCUAAAAAAACGUAGAUAAUUGCUUAGAAAUAUCAGGUAGUAAGUGUAAUUAUAGUUUAUACAGAGAUGGGAAAGAGAGUGAAAAGGGGGAGAGAAAAAGUUUGCUCGACGAAUACUGAUAUUGUACAGUUUAUUGUGUAAAGUAAACCGCGUUUUACAUCUCUUUCCCCGCCAAAUUCGACGAGUGUAAAUAUUGCGUGACAUGCAUGUGCGGAAUAUGCGACUCGCGUAAGUUCCUAUAUAUGACGCAAAUUAUAAGUAUUCUCGGAUUUUAAUUUAGUCGGCAAGUCUUGACUCUUUAUAUUUUCUAAGACGCAGGUAACGCAACGUUUCCAACUUUAUCUGAAUUCUCAAGUGGAGAGUACAGUCCUAAUUCCGCUCCUCCGGAUUGUAAAUAGAUCGUGCAUAUACCCACCUAUACAUCUGAAAAUUACCAGAAUACCAGCAAAACGUAAUAGAUCUCGUUACUUUUAAAUGUCGUGUAUACAUUAAAUAAAUAACGUAAAUCACGCUGAAAACGAGAGCACGCACUAUACCAGACCCAGUCUACGAUUACGAGGCGCAUUCUCUUGUAAAAAAAAACAAAAAAACAGGACAGGAUGAGAGGAAAAGGCGAUUGUGACACUUGCUUACAUGAUCCCGAUGAUUUCAAAACUUACGAUUCGCCGGGUUGAUCCACGGAAGCUCUUUUACUCGCGUGUAUAAAGAAUAUGAAUGUCAGAAAACAAGUGUAAGAAGAUCAAUCUUAUAUAUAUUGGUAAACGAUGAUCUUUUAACUAAUGAUAUAACAAAUGAAAUACAGUUUAUUAUAUGCUGA